GUGUUCUAAUCCGGCGGGAAUAGGCAAAUGGCGGCUCAGAAGGCAGCAUAGGAAGGCAGCAGCCGCGGCAGGCGAGAGCCUCCUCGCGAUUCCGCUUUUCUGCGCAAGAUGACAUUUCGCUGUUACAAGAAGUUCACGCCCUCAACCCGUUUGAGGACCCAUCGCGAUGGGCCCAAAUCGCAAACAACCUUCUUCCAGCCACCGGCAAAAGUUUUAGCGCGCGAGUGGUACGCGACCGCCUCGACCUGCUGCUCGCGCAGUUUGCUGCAGAGGAUCGUGCCAACUCAAGAAGGCACCGAGGAGCAAUAUAGCGAAAAGGAACGCCUCCUCCAGGAGAUCGCCGAUCAGACAAGAGAAUUUCACUACAAGUACAAGGCGGCGGCCGUCCGGAGAGCGGCCCCGUCACGCCAGAAGCUCACAGCCGCCGAACCAAGCGACGCGUCUGCGUUACGGGACACCGCCGCCGCAACCAACUUGGCAUAUUCCACGAAUGGCAGCGCAACUGCGGACACAUGCCGUGCCUCCACUUCCACUGAUGCUGCUGCUGCAGCGUACGUGGCAACCUCUUCGGUUGUCGAAGUACCGGAAAGUGCUGGCAACAUAUGGACCACUUGUGUUGUGGAUACGGCAGAGCUCCUCUCGGCAGCAGAUGCAGGCGAAACAUAUGAAAUUGUUGGUCUUGACGUGAGCAGAGAGUUACCUGCAGCUGCCACGGGCACCCCUUCGAUCGAUGUUGGAGGCCAUGCAUCUGCAGCUUCACCCGAGCAGACCAUGGAACCUGAAGCUAGCCGUCAGGUGCAGAGGGGUAAGCUCCAGGCUUCCCAAGCAGCUCAAAUGUUCUAUAAACCUCCUCAGAACAUCUCUUGUGAUUAGGUGAAGGGUUUGAGGUAAGGGGAGGUGCAUGAACCAACACAAAGAGAGAAACAUAAGCACUACCAUUUGCAGUCGCCACGAACUGAAACCCACAGUGCCUGACAUUGUUCGGAAAAAAAAUUCUUGCUCUGUAUGUUUGUAUUUUGAAAUACCUUUUUUACAGUUUUUACCAAAGUACCUCAGGGGUAUCCUGUUACACAGAAGACAAGUCUAUCUUAAUAUCUGUAUCUAAGAAGAAAAGUUGAAUAUUAGUUGUGAACACUUAAUGUAAUUCACGUGCAGUAAAAGAAAAUCUACUACGGUAAUUCAUUUCACAAUCUGGGCACCUUGAUCUCACCUCUGUUCUUCAAGACCUAGGUUGCCUGACAUUCCUGUUGCCUUUGUGCUUCCUACGAUCACUCUGUGCUCGUUCAUGUGCUUUGUAUUGGUGUGUUCCAGACUAUAUCAUGACUCUAUCAUGUUUCCUGUGCCUGCAUAUCUUGUUGUGGGGCUUCUUUUCUUAUAGGAAGCUAAGGAGGCUGCAGCAGAGUAAAUGAAGUUGCUGAAUAUAUUCAUGUCAAUUUGCAACUCCAUGAUAUCCUUGCCCAACGUUAUUCUGUCGGAUCAGAUAUGCAGCUGGGCAAAGUGACCACAGUGUAGACCUCCAGGAAAGGUUUGUGCACAUUUCUGGAGAAACAUUUGUCUAACAUGCAUUUCAUAUGUUUUUCUUACAGGAAAAAAAAGAGAAAAUGAGAAUCUAAUAUUUUUUUAGAAAAGAUUACAGUUUGAACAGGGCACCCGAGAGAGGGAGAACAAGCUGGAGGAGCGGCGCAUUUCAUUUGAAGAGAAGCGCCUCAUCCUCGAGGAGAAGUGCCUGGCCCUCGACAGAGACAAGCUCGAGCAACAAGUUCGUGGGUGGGAGGAAGAGAGAGAGGAAAGAGCUCAAGAAAGGGCAGAAAGAGAAAGGGAUCGUGCACAGGAAAGACACUUUUUUCUCGCACAACAGCAAGCCAUGCUGGAGCUCGUGCAAUCAAUGAUUGCUAAUAAGUUCAAAUAGACAGCAGGCUUUGAAUUUUCACUUUUAUUUGUUUAAUUACCAUAACAUAAAUAUUUUUAUAUUCCUCCACACAUCCUGCAAGUACAAAUGUAGAAAUGGAAGCUCCAAUAAAGAUUACUAUAGCCAAAGAAAACUUGUUCAAAAGAAAAUAACAGCAGCGUCUUUUAACUCGGCAAUCAGAAAAUGACUAGAAAGGCCACUUUAUGGUAAAUAAACAGUGUCACCAAAAUUAUGUAGAACAUGCGAACUGUAUAAUCUCAUGGGUACAAUAUCUUGACAGCAGCUAAAGAAGUGCUGCAUGAAAUAGCGCUUAAUGUGCAACACUUAAAAAGAUUAGAAAGACCACGUUUAGGAAAAUUUACAGGGCCCACCAAGCCUAUACGUGACAUGCAAACUGUGUCUUAUCUUAUAAGAAUGCUAGCUGCCACGGUUUCAUGGAGGUAAAGCACCAGCCUACGGAUACCCAGUUGGUUUGAAUGUUUGUAGAGCUGCCCGCAGUCUGACGGAGGCUUAUUGCAAAGAAGGUGCCAUGAUAUUGAACUUUCUCUUGUACGUCGGAACAUCUCCAGAUGGAUGAAAUUAAUCCUCAGUCCUGCACUGGGCCACGCCAGAUACACUUUGUCGGUUUGGCACUUAGAAUCCCCAAAAGUAGUGCUCAGUGGAAUGGCCCAACCAGGGGAGGUAGCUCGCUCAAAGUCGAAAUGGUGGCUGGGCCGGGGACAACACGGCAAUUCUGCUUGAUGCAGGUGGCGGCCAAAGGUGACUGCUGAAAUCGUCAGUUAUUGAAGGGCUCAUUCAGUAAAAACAUGGAACGCCCACUGAUUGAGUCAUCUAAUCACUGACGGUUUAGGAAGUCACCUAAGCACCUUAAUACGAAAGGGUGGUGAUAAGUGUAGAUUGCCAGCAAAACUGUUGUUUUCCUUGGCCUAGCUACAAUUUCGGCCUUGAGCAAGCGACCUUUCCUGCUCAAGCUGUUCUAUUGAGCGCUAUGUAAGGGAGCACUGAUCUUACGAGAUAAGACACAGUUUAAGUGUUCCAUAUAAGUUUGCUGAGCACUGUACCAAGAGUAUCUUAAAGGUUGUGUCUGUCCCGUACAGAGGGUUUCAAGUAUUGCCCCAAGUUGGGUGCACGGAGCCCAAAGAACAUACCAGUCUGGCUACCGUACAGGCAUGUAUGACAGUUUGUAAAAAUUGCGCCCACCCGAUACAUUCUCCCCACAUCCUGCAAGUACAGCUUCUGAUUUUUUUUGAAGUCCAGGAAUGCGAACUCGGAUACUAUUUUGCCGAACCCCCUCUCAACAGCUUGUCGCACAGUACUCAUGCCACUGUUGAAGAGCACUUGCUGUUGAGUGAGGGUGGCACCUCCGUACGGCCUCAUCAGAAGCCGCCGUAAUGGGUACGCUGGGUCGCCGUAGAUGGUGUAAGAGCGGCCCUGCACAAGCUUUCCAGCUUUCCGUGGAGGCCACUUUUGCACAAAAUGCCUUCAUAAAACAGAAACAAGAAGGCACUGUACUUUUUACCACUUUUAAAAACAGAAGUUGCAUGGUAUUGAUUCGCCAGUCUGCUCAUUUGACGUGCUCCGUUUUGCAAUGCAGUGUGAAUGCUGCAUUACAAUACUUUGUCCUCUGUAAAACAGCACACUCUUUCAGAGCUAAGUAAAUAUUUUCGCAGCGAACCUCGAAGAAAGCAAGGGCUGCAUAAAUCGGAAGAGAUAUAGUUAAGUCGGAACAUGCCACUGCAUCUUAACCAAAAAUGAAGCACAAAACAGCAUUUCAAGGCUUAUUAUUUAAGCUCGGCGACUGGACUAGCUCAUUUGAAAGAAUUGCAUUAAUAAUUGUAUUGAACACAUGAUUUCCUUCGUGAUUUCUAUUUGGUUCGCUGCUACCUCUAUAGCAAGACUGCUUAUUCAGUGUUGCUACAGAGUUGAAAUGCUGAUUAAUGGGAAGUGUUAAUAUCAAACGUGGAAGCAUGCAGGUCCAGAACAGCUGCACCCACCAGCGUCAUGUCUGUGUCCCGGGUAGGGACCAUCAAGUUGGCAGAUGAUGCCGUUUGCACACAUUAUUGACUGGUACUUCAAUGCGUGCAGCCUCUUGUGUCCGGAAAAGUAGAUACGCUGGUUGGUGGAAGGGCGGCAGAUGGGCCUCGCCGUCCCAUCCACGAAGCCCCAGCAGUUUGGGAGGGGUGCACCUCGGGCAUGAACGGCCUGCAAUAAUGGUACAUUCUUAGCGAGACCUUCAUGGUAUCUAAAACAUGAUUUGCUUUGAUCAAAUGUCUUGUUUUUAUAUUUAAUUUUAUUCUCCAACUGCUUGGUGUCAGUAUUCCUUAUUUGUAGUAUUGAUGAGUUUAAAUGCAGCUUUUUAUUUUCUUUAUUUUAACAUCUUGCCAGCUUUGAGGCCAAAGCAGGUUGGUAGGCACACUUAAGUAUUAAAAAUGUUAUCAAGAAAACCAUGCACAUUUUCACUAUUUAGAGCUUGUGUGGAUAGGCAGUUCUAUUCUUCAAUACAUUUAACAGAAAGGAUUUUAAAAGAGUCCAUAUUGAAGCGAUAAGGCUCAUUAAAUGUGUUAUGUUUUGUUCUAGUUGUGUUACCGAAGUUUGCAUAUGUAGCAUAUUUAUUAAUAUCAAUUGAAUAACGACCAUAUAGCAAGACCUUAUCAGUGUACUUUCUCCCAUGCACAGGAAGUGUUUUUUGUAGUAUACAAAUGUGUCAUGAAAUAAAAUCUAUUACUAA